UGGAGGGUGGCGGUCCAUGGCUUCGUGGGCUGCGAGUCGUACGGCAGAUAUAGUGGGGGUUGAUUCUAUAUUCACAAGAUGAAGUGAUUAUUUCCUGUUAUUGCGGUGAAUUGCUUGAGAUGAAGUUUAUCAUGUUGACCCGGCAAUGGAAAGUCGUGUUCCUGGUGGGCGUGUUCACCUUGUUCGUGUACGUUCGCGUGACCGACAAUGGCCAAGUGCAGGAGUACCGGCAAGGGAUCAGAGACAGGGUCGAUUAUAUAAUGCAGAAUGCACGUCUGCCUUCGAGGGAUGAUGUGCAGGUCCUGUUAGAGGCUUUGGACGACGCCAGGAAAGGCUUCAGUGAAAAGCAGUAUAUUCGGGGCAGAAUGUCGGAGACUACACUGAGGAGUGAUAGAGUUAUCCACAAUAAUUCAAGUACCUCUUUGGACUCCGAAAAGACAGAACACGCGCCCAAUUCUGUGCCAGUGAGCAAGGAAAUCGUUUUCCCCAGCGUGAAUAAUUGUAACAUGACGGCCUACAAGGAGCAGAUCAAGAAUCACAAGGGCCCCACGAUCCCGACGCUGAACGUGUACCCUUGUAGGUCAUGGCACUACCCAUCCCGCGACACUUCCUGGCCUGUCGUUGUCGAACCGACGAAGGGCAAAGUCCUUGAAUCCAUCUCGCUCUUGCACGUCGAGGAGGAGGCCCGUGAAUUGGUUGAGGAGGGGAUGGAGAUCCAGAAGGCGCGGGUGGCUCGUCUGGCGGACACCUGCAACAGCCACCCUGAACUGUACAUCCGCCAGUACGUGAGCCUCGUGUGGGACACCUCCAGGUCACCUCCUCUUGUUUAUUGUCCUAUAUAUAAGGUUGCGUCGACCACGUGGAUGGUCUAUUUCCAACGCCUGGCACACGUGAAUGAUGACAACCAUGCUUUAGACAAGUACAAAAAAGCGGGAAAGGAAAGAAAAAAGUACAUGCCUCGGUUUGGAGGGGGGCACCGGCGGGUAUUCGAAGAAUAUAAAGCUCCAAAUACAUCCAUCGAGAAGAAUAAAGUGUUCCAGUCUUCCUUGCGAUUUCUGGUUGUCCGCCAUCCCUUUACCAGGUUGCUCUCAGCGUAUAGGGACAAGAUAGAAAGGCCAAAUCCCAAACCAUUUGCACCGUAUUUUAAGGACCUCCAACGUGCUAUAAUACUCAAGUACAGGCCGGCAGAUAGCAACAUCACGUCUAAUACACCAACUUUCCCAGAGUUUGUCGAUUACAUCAUUGAUUUCACAGCCACCCUGACAACGGCACAGGAAUGGGAUGAAAAUGUUGUAUGUUGGACGCCUUACUGGGUGCAGUGUGGUGUGUGUUCCUCUGAUUACCAGGUGGUCAUCAAACUUGAGACAAUGACGGAAGACGAGCAGUUCCUUGCCCAAAUUGCAGACUUAAAAGAAAUCCAAAAUGUGUUUGAAUGGAGGAAUCACAAGAAAUUUUCUAAGUCAUCAAAGGAAGUAUUACCUGUCUAUUAUAAAAGUCUUUCCAAGAAACAGAUACUUCUGUUAUAUGAACGAUUUAAAAUUGACUUUGAGUUGUUUGGGUACACAGUCCAAGAAUACUUGGACUACACAGAUCAAAAGUAGAAAGUGCCUUUUGUAAAAUAGCAUAGAUGUUGGAAAAUCCCAUGUCAGAUUAAUCAAAUACAUUAACUUCUGGAUAAAUUUUGGUAGCGCGGUCACAAAACUUGUUCAGCCAAAUCAAAAUUUUCAUCACAUACUGAAUAGAUGUUAUUUCUUCACUCAUUCUGGUGGUGUCUUUCAAUUACAUUUGUCAUUUUCUAUUUUGGAUAAUAUAAAUUAUAUAUUACCUCAUCUUCAUAUAAUAAAAAAUGGGUUGCUUUUUUUUUUUUUUUUUUUUAAGUUGGAACUUCUCACUUGACUGCCUAAUCCUAUUUUUUAUACAUUUUUAACUUCUAAAUCUUGAACAUUCCUUCUCCAUAUUUUGAAAAUAAUUUCCACACCAGGAACAUGAAUCAAAAAUUAUAUUUAACCGUGGUAAUUAUACAAAUCAACCCAAUAUAUUGCAGUCUUGUAAAUACUACAGCUAGGGACAGAGCAACCUUUUUUUUUUUUUUUUUUUUUUUUUUAACAUAUCCUAAUUUAAAAACCAUCUCAUUUCAUUUUUUCUAUUUCAUCAUACACAUCUCAGGGAAAUCAUGUUGUCCCUAUCAAUUGUCAUCUCAUUUCUCUUAUUUAUGAAACUUUUUAUUGCCAUAUGCAACUCAAAGAUCACACCAGUAUGUGCUCAAAUGAUAAAACUGUCUCUGCAUCUGUAUUUUUUUUUUUUUAUACUUCAAGAUGUAACCUCAACUGGAAAAUAAUUAGACAGUUGGAAAAGAGAUAGGCCAUGUGAAGCAUGUAGCAAUAUGCAUGCAUGCCCUCUGAACUUGGCAUCAAGCUGAUAUUUAAAUUUGGCUGCUGUAUGGACACCUAUUUUAUCCCCACCCCCCCCCAUCCCUUAGUCAUUGUCGUGGGAGGCUUAGGAGAUGGGGAAAGGUCCACCCCUCCCUUGGCACUCCGCCCUCAUCUCAACUAAUUUUGCAUGGUCUUUUCUUCUCCUCCUCUCUCUUUUCUUCAUCCCCUUGUUCUGUUCACUUAUCCUACUUGUUAACUCAUUUUUGCUGUUUUCGCCAAUACUUUAUCAUAAUGCUUCCUACUCCCUUACCUCCUUCCCCUUCUGACAACCUUUACCUUGUUAUACCCCAUCAGCUCCCCCUCUCCACCCUUUUCACUACCAUUCUACCUUCUAAUACUUGUCAGCCUGUUAACUAUACCCUAAUCAUUAACUCAUUCUUAACCCUUUAUGCUACUCUAAUUUACCAUAAUGCCAUAUGACCUUUGAUGUCAUAAAUUACUUCCUUACCUGGGAGCUUUUCCCCCCAUGCUUCACUCUAUCACUAUAUAUUGAAUACACCGCUAAUGACCGUAGAGGUUGAUGCAGCAGCAAUUUUUCAAUAAAUAAAUAAUAAAAAGAUAGUUAUUUCUCAGACCUCCCCACCCAACACCCUUCUAGAAUCUCUUGAAGAUAUCCAAAACUUGCUAAACAUGACCCAAGAAACUACUCCACUUUCUCAUGCACCCUUCAAUCCCUCAAUUCCUCACAUGACUCCCUUAUGUCCUAACAAUGUCCCUUUCUAGACCUAUCUCCUCCUGACAUUCCACUCUUCCCUUAUUACACUCUCUGGAUUAUUUUCCUACUUCUCCAACUACCAUUACCACUGACUGUUUCAUAAUGGCUCUUUUAGUGUAACUCUUCCUUCCUCAGCCACCCAGUCCUUUGCUCAUGGGGGGGGGGGGGUUAUGAGACAGGGACUGAGGCCUGAUGCAGUUAAUACCCCAACCUUGGACCUCAGCCCUCACCUCAACUAAUUUUCUGGGGGCUUUGCCUCCAAGCCUCACCCCAUCAUUCUAUUUUGUGUAUGCCACCAAUGACCUUAGAUAUUGAGGCAGCAGCAAAUUUUCAAUAAAUAAUAAUAAAAAAUUUCUUCCUCAGAAACAUACUCUCUAUUUGCUCCUAUCCCUGUAUCCUUAAACCCAUCCAUUUUUACAAAUCCCCUGUAUUCAAUUUGCUCUCCCUCUUUACCCUUUUCACCACCAUGCCCUCCAACAGCCUUUGACAUCUAACGCAUUUUGUCCUAAUUGUUAACUUUUUUUUUUUUUUCCUUUUUACCCUUUUCACCACAAUACUUUAUCAUAAUACUGUGUGACCUUUGAUGUCUGACACACUAUUGUUUUGACCAUCAACCAUUCUGGGAAUCCAUCGCUUUAUGAACCAAAAUACUUCCUUACUCGGGGCUUCCCUUCCAAAGCCACCCUGUAUCGCUAUAUUUUGAAAAUGCCACUAAUAACGUUAGAUGUUGAUGCAGCAGAAAUUUUUCAGUUAAAAUAAAAAAUAUAUAUACAAGUAUAUGCUUA